AUGCACGGACUGGUUUUUGGCCCAACUAAAGGUGAAGUCCAAAGACCACCGGCUGGGAAGAGACCUCGAACGGAGAAUGGGAAUGAGGGCGGUCCCGUCAUCGAAUAUGUGGCGCCGGUAGUAGCGAACGACGGGAAGAAUGGAAUGCAAAUUGUCUUCUCGGCGGCGCAGGAGAAAUCCCGGGAAGGCGACGAUGGGUGUGGAGAAUCAGGAGAGAGGGAGAAGGUACCGAAUCCGGGGGAUGAGGUACCGGAUUCGUCAGCGGCCUAA